GCCGUGUUGGUAUUAUUUAUAUCAAAUAAAAAGACCAAAAUGACAUUUCACCGUCAACUAAGGACCAAAUCCAGUGGCUAUUAGGGAUUUAGGGUUGUCAUUAUAAUUUACCAAAUGAAACCAAUUUAAUUAUAUACAGAUCUAGAGAACCCCUGAUCACAAACAAACCAGGAGUAUGACAACGGUGACAAGACCUGGUGUCCCCAUUUGGGAAGAUGAAGAAGCAAUUGUUGCCUUGUGGGACGGUGAAGAAGCAAGUUGUGCCUUGUCGAAAGAUGAAGAAGUAAGUCUCCCCUCGUUGAAAGAUGAAGUAGUGUCUACAUUUUUAAAGUCUGUUGAGAUUAAAAUCAACUGCAGUGAAAAAAAUGAGGUGAUGAUGGACAGGGUCCCUGAUAUGCUUCGCCAGCAAAACGAAAAGGCGUAUAGCCCUACCACCAUAUCUAUUGGCCCUCUUCACAGAGGGACAGAAAGUCUUCAAGCAAUGGAGCCUGUGAAGUCGAGCUACACCCGUGUACUACUGAAUCGAGCUGGAACAUUUGAGGAAACAAAAAGAGCUUGUGCGGUAGCUAUGCUUGAGAUGGAAGAUGAAGUUAGGAAAUACUAUGAGCCGGCCAGGUUGCAGUCCUGCCACACAGAAGAUGAGAGCAAACUUGCAGAAGUGAUGCUUAUUGAUGGUUGCUUCAUCAUUGAGCUUCUAUUCAGAAAUGGAAACAAGGAUAAUGAUGAUGAUCCCAUUUUGGGGAACUCUUUCAAGUACUAUGCCAUCCAACGUGACUUGCUAUUGCUCGAGAAUCAGAUUCCUUUCGCAGUUCUUCAACAAUUGUUCCGACUAACGGUGGGAAAUGUUAUCCCAAAUCCAAACGACCAGAAGUCCUCCCUUACUCGAUGGGUGCUAGUCUUCUUUGGAAACAUAAUGGGCCUUGAAAAAAAUGAAUACAAGGAAGACGAAACUCCUUAUCAUAUACUCCAUCUUUUGCAUAUGCAAUACCUGCCGGUUUGUACUCCAUACCUUCAAAAAGACAAAAAAGAUGAUGAAACAAAAAAGAUGGAGAACAAAGAAAACCAAAAGAUGGAGAACAAAGAAAAAGAAAAGAUGGAGAACAGAAUCAGCUACCCUGCAACACAACUUCAAUUGGCGGGAGUCGAAUUGAAGGCAGGCGCGCAUGGAAACCUAUUCGACAUCAAGUUCAGUACUACUUUUAGUUUUACUAGCUGUUCUUCCUUGUUUCGAAAAGGUCGCUUAGAGAUAACACCUUUCCUUAUUUUUGAUUCCACCGAGUCUUUCUUAAGAAACUGCAUUGCUCUCGAGCAGAGUUACUCCUGGAUUGGUAAUUACUUCACAUCACUUGCUUUUCUCAUGGAUAUCCUCAUCGACACUGCCGAAGAUGUUGAACUGUUGGAGGAAGCAGGAAUCAUACGCAACAAUUUAGGUUCCAGGGAAGAAGUGGCCAAACUUUUCAAUGGUAUAUGCAAGAAUGCCAUUCCACGUCGUUUUCAUUACCGUAAGGAAUACAAGGAUGUCAUGAAGUUCUGCAAUCCUUGGCGACUUUAUAGCAGAAGGCUAACACAAUAUUAUUUUGGUAGUCCAUGGUCAGGCAUAUCAGUCGUUGCUGCCCUUAUCCUUUUUGCCCUUACGUUUUUAUCCACCCUAUACACCUUGCUUGCUUAUUAUUAACUAGGUUUCUGUUGCAGUCAAUACCAAUAAUGUGCAUAUUUAUGCCUUUGUUCCUACCAAUCUUUCGUAUUUAUCAUUGUUAUGCGUUGUCAUUUACAUAAGCCAUGUUGUGUUCAACAGUGUUUGAUUCUCCAAUUAAAGUGCUUGAUUACCCAAAUGUUCAGAUGCAA